AAUAGAUAUUAAGUUUUGGGGUCACGUGACGUUCCAAGCCGAUUGAUCGAGAAAAGAGCAAAUCAUUGACAUAACCAAGGCUAAGAUUGAAGUUUCUGAUACCAACUUCUCUUCAAUAUGUUUUCAAGAACUCUUGCUAGACGAUUAAUUAAUGUAGGACGAGUUCAAACUAUUCGUCAGAGAUCAUCGGUGCCUUUCAAUACGUGUAUCCUAUUUGUCCCUCAACAAGAAGCAUGGAUUGUAGAAAGAUUUGGAAAGUUCCAUCGUCUUCUAGAACCGGGGUUAAACUUUUGUAUACCUGUCGUUGAUACUAUAAAAUAUGUACAGAGCUUGAAAGAAAUUGCUAUAGAUAUCCCUCAGCAGAGCGCUAUAACUGCAGAUAACGUUACUCUGCAUAUAGAUGGAGUUCUGUACUUACGAAUAAUGGAUCCCUAUAAGGCUAGCUAUGGUGUUGAAGAUGCACAAUAUGCUAUCACUCAGUUAGCUCAGACAACUAUGAGAUCGGAAAUUGGAAAAAUAUCUUUGGACCAUCUGUUUAGAGAAAGAGAGUCUUUAAAUUAUGCAAUUGUGGAACAAAUUAAUGUAGCAUCAUCUUCUUGGGGAGUUGACUGUAAACGUUACGAAAUUUUAGAUAUAACCAUGCCAGCUAGAGUCCAAGAGGCAAUGCAAAUGCAAGUUGAGGCUGAAAGAAAGAAAAGAGCAGCCAUAUUGGAAUCUGAAGGUAUUAAAGAAGCUGAAAUCAAUGUUGCCGAAGGUAAAAAACAAUCCAGAAUAUUAGCCUCUGAAGCGAACAAAGUUGAAGAAAUUAACGCAGCUUUGGGAGAGGCUGAAGCUAUGAAACAGAGAGCAGACGCACGAGCGAAGUCGAUUGAAUUGAUAGCAGCCUCCAUGAAAAAGGAUGAAGCCAGCAAUGCUGUUAGCUUUUCCGUUGCAGAACAAUAUAUAUCCGCCUUUAAUAAUUUGGCUAAGGAAAGUAACACUAUUUUACUGCCAUCGCAAACUGGAGACAUUUCUAGUAUGGUUGCUCAAGCUAUGACUAUUUAUAAACAAGUUGGCCCUAAACAACUAGAUGCGCAUAAGUAUGAACUUGAAGAAAUACCCGACAAUGUUACUAAAAAUAAGGAAACUUAA